AUGGCGUCAAAACGGAAGAAACUGACAUCAAGUAUCUGUCCAAGUCGGUUUUCUGCUGAAGACAAUGCGGAUGAAAGCUACCACGACCCAUACAGUGACGCAGAUGCUGAGUUCGGUUCUGAUACAAAUUAUGACCCAGAUGGUGCUCAAGAAGGCGAAACUAGUGGAUCAGAUUAUGAGAUUUUCAGUACGAGAAACGUUAAGCUUAUGCGUUCCAGUAGGAUUAGUGAAAGUCCAGUUUGGUCCAGCGAUUCGAGAUCAAGUAUGUACGAUUCUAUAUUGAACCAGAAAGUCGAUGAAAGGUCUUGCAAUGACCCGUCUGUCUUAGAAAACUGCGUAGAAGAUGGAGUAGUGGGCUCUCCGAAACCUCACUUAUCUUGUAAUUACCAUCAAACUGAACAAAUAGAUCCAAAUCCCACCGAUAUAUUAUCAAAUCAAACACUAGAGACUGUCAAUGAGCAUUUACCAACUACCUCAGCCCCGGAUGACGCAGGAUGGGUAGAUACUGUUGCCGAUAUUCUUGAUUUUACCUUCGAUCAAACAUUACCCGGCCCACGCUUGCACAUAAAUGAAGCCGCAACUGAAAAAGAUGUUUUCGAUAUACUGUUAACGCCAGACCUUGUUGAGUAUUUAGUGAAUUGCACGAAUGCAUAUGGUAACUCACUAGUAAACCAAAACCGACCGCACACUAGACAUUCAAGACACAUAGUUUUUCAUGAGACAAAUGUAGAGGAGAAGUAUAAAUUUCUUGGUCUUUCUCUGCUUUCCGGACAAAUUCGUGUGCCUGAAAAUCGUAAGCUAUUUACUCACGCUGACACAUUAUAUUACCAUCCUAUUUUCAAUUUACGUGAUGUCGGGUCGAAGGUACGAGCAAAUCUUACGAUGUCUAUGCGCAUCUGA